GCCCUACAAAACCUAUGCAUCGGUCAAAGAGGGCAAGGGGUCCAAAAGCUUUUAGACAGCCGUUUGCAGUCUGAGCCAAUUCCGGUGGCCCGAGAUGCCAAACGUGGCGUUACUACUGAGGAAGCACGUGAUAACUGGCGACGGGAUCAUGUCAAAGAAGCAGGACAAAUGAACAACAUUCUUGAUCAGGGCUGGCCC